AUGUACCGGUUUGAAGAGACAAGUGAAAUAACACCCAAUGAUCCUAACCAUUACAGCAAGCCCACUAAUUGUGAAUCACUCCUUCUUAAACAACGAAGAAUUAACAAAGGGGAGAAAUCCUACAAGUGUGGAGAAUGUGGUAAGGCCCUUGGUUCUCCCUUAACACUUUCUAUACACCAGAGACUUCACACUGGAGACAAACCCUUCAAGUGUGAAGAGUGUCAUAAGGCCUUCUGUACUCGCUCCUCACUUUUUAUACACCAGAAAAAUCAUACUGAUGAAAAAAACUUCAUGUGUGAAGAAUGUGGCAGGACAUUUUACUAUCCUUCAAUGCUGAAGCAACAUCAGAGAAUUCAUUCUGGGGAGAAACGUUACAAGUGUGAAAAUUGUGGAGUCGCUUCUUAUGACCCUUCAUUUCUUGAGCAGCAUCAAAGAAUUGAUUGUAGGAAGAAAUGCUAUAAGUGUGAAGACUGUCACAAAGUCUUUGGUCAUCACUCAACCCUUAGAGUACACAAGAGAAUUCAUACUGGAGAGAAACCUUUCAAAUGUGAAAAGUGUGGCAGAUGUUUUAGGGUGUCUGCAUCCCUUAAUCAACAUAAAAAAAUGCAUUGCAAAAUGGAGCCCUACACCUGCCAAGACUGUGGCAGAUCUUUUUUGAAUUAUUUGAGACUUAGACGACAUCAAGUGGUCCAUUCUGAAUAUAAUCCUCACAAGUGUGAAAAAUGUGACAAAAGGUUUUCCUCUUCUACAAAUCUUAGGAACCAUCAAAAAGUUCAUAGGAGAGAGACCAUGCAAGGGUUAAGCACGUCACCAAGCCUUUAA